AUGUCUGGAAUACUCGGCAACGCAAUUACCCCUUGUCCUUCCAGGUCGAGGCUAUUUGGUUACAGUUCCGGCGAUCACAGCGGCAGCGAUACAUUUGACAGCUUGAUUGACGGCGAUACCGAUGGCGAUGCCACUGGGCAAGUUGAUUUCACCACCGAGAUUUGUAUACCAACUAUGACUGGAGUACGACCACGCCGUGCCGCCAGAGCAGGAUCGGGGUUCCAAAUCCAUGAUGAGGGGGCUGAGAAACUGCCCAGGCCAGCUGAGAAAAGACAAAGACCAAAUGAAAUGACGAGACUAUCGUCCGACCGCAAAUCAUCUCUGCUUUCGCAGCCCGCACAGAGAUUUCGAACUAAGGUUGACUUUGCUCCCAACCAAUCUCAUGAUGCGAAACAAGAGGCGGAAACACAACCACAACCCGAAAGACGAGUCUCGAACCUGAAGACGCAGCCUCCUCGUGGAACGGGUCCAGUCCCAAAAGAUACAGCACAGCGUCGCUUGGAUACUGGUCUGAAGAGGAGCAUUCGGCGAGACACUGUGUACAUUCCGCCUGAUGAUGCCACUGUGCCUAGCGUUUUUAUGGGACUGUUCAGUCCUCUGAAGAAGCAGGGUCUGCCACAGAUCAGGGACGAUACACAAGCCAAUACUCUGGAAGCACGGAUAGCAGAUCGACAAGCCAGAAAGUCAUUGACAGUGUCCUCACGAAAGCCUCCACUUCAACCAAGUGCAAAAAUCAGACAAGAAGCUGCAUUCAGGGUGGAUGUUGCCGGGAAGAACGGCGGGAAAGAAAACAUUCCUCCCGGUGCGAUGUUUGACCUCGACAAAAAAACAAGUGCCCAAUCUAAGCCGCCGCUCAAUCCUCGAACCACUAUCAUACCGGCCUCAAAAACAAGACCAAUUACUCGCAUUAAUAAUACCGUUCCCGUCGCCCCCAAGCCACCACUCCCCAAGCGUGGCAUGCUAGGAGAAAAGCAGAACAACACGAAGUCUUCAGCACUGCAUGGUAGUCAAAGCAGAAUGGUGGCGCCAAGAAGGCCGCUUCAAAGUGCAUCACUGAACGCUCGCGUAUCAGCACUGUCUGAUCGGCGUGGCCUUUCUGGGUCAACCUGUGGUCCAAGAGCCCAGCAUGCUUCUGUACAGUUGAAGGAUCUCAACCACAACUACCCAAAGCUGACCGAAGAUAUCAAAAAACCUGCACUUUAUGAAGACGACUGGCUCUCACACCAGGAGGCCGUGAUCACUCAAUUAGUCAAUGCUUUGUUUGAAUGUUCCAAUGGCGAUUCGAACCUUCCUGAUCAAAGCUACCUUCGAUUGGAGCUUUUAGAGCUUUACCAUACCGAAUUUUUCAUCCAGCUCCACAAAAGACUUCAAGCCUCCUUGUCUUGCGGCACACUGAGUAUUCCAAAGCAUGCCCUUGUUCGUGCUGGCCGUCUCCGACAGGACCUUGGCCUCCGCCGCAAGUUUCUUGAUAUUUGGAUCCAGUCUUACGAUCACAAUGCUUUGGCUGCGGCAGUGGAGACAGUCAUUGGUCGAAAUAUUUCCAAAAGCCAUGAAUUCUAUCAGCAUGGAACUGAAUCCGAUCAUAAUGCAAAGAGCACCAAAGCCAUGACUCGGAAGCUGGAAAACUUUUUACACACCUUUUUGUUACGAAAUGAAGACCUUGACCAGCCAUUGCUGUGCGCCAGCGAGGUUCUCGCCGAGUUUCAGGCCAAGGCAUAUCGUCGCACGGUGCUCCGGUGCAUCUUACUAGUUGUCCUUCUAGACCAAGCGAAACAGUCUUUGGGCUCUACCGUCCCUCGUCAGCUGUUUGUACCGUCGUCUUCUUUCAAAUCCUCCGAAAGCGUACUCCAAGCAUUGAUUCGCGUGGUGUUGCCUUCCUGUGGGGAUAUUUUGAAGCCAUUGAGUCACCUCGGUUGCCGUUUAUCUUACAAGCAACAUCAGCUAUCAGAGUACCACUAUCAGAUGGACAACAUUGCUGUGGACUUGAGAGAUGGAGUACGGCUCACCAAAAUUGUCGAACUACUUUUCAUCACAUCCAGUCAGGCACGACGUGACAGUGGGGACCAGACCGAAGUCACGUUGAAUACCGGGGAAGCUCUCUCUCUUUUGGGUGACCAUGCAGACGUUCCUCUUUCGAAGCAUCUGAAGUACCCGUGUGUCAGCCGCACAGCCAAAGUCUUCAAUGUUCAUUUGGCCCUAUCUGCCUUGCAGUCCAUCAGGGGCUCUAAUGAGAUUGUUGAUAAGAUUCGGGCCGAAGACAUUGUUGAUGGCUAUCGUGAGAAGACUAUUGCCCUGUUGUGGGGCCUUGUUGGAAAACGGGGGUUGACACGUCUUGUUGAUUGGGAUGAUAUCAGCAAAGAAAUUUCCCGCCUAAAACGCAAAGCUCUCUUACAGCUUGGUCCCGAUCAAGUGAACUGCGAAACUUGGUUUACUGGUGAACAACUUGAUGACACCGACCAACAUGAACAUCUUCUUCAGCAUUGGGCUGGGCUCUUGGCCGGUCUGAAAGGCCUCCAGAUGAACAACAUGUCGACCAGUUUUGCCGACGGCCGAAUCUACGAGAGUAUUGUCGACGAAUAUGAGCCCUACAUUACCGGGACUCAUGCUACAGUAAGAUCAGAAACAAGCGGGCGAUCUGCUUUCAUGUAUUUGGAGAAACGCCUCGGGCUCCUAGGCUGCAGCUCUCAGUUUGCCCACAUCAUCUCCCCUAGCUCAGCAUCACACACUCUCAAUCGAGACUUUACCCUCGGAGCACUCGCCUUUCUCUGCUCUAGAUUGCUUUCGGGCUCUAAGCGCGCUCGUGCCGCAACUGUGUUGCAGCGCGCAUGGCGAGUGCACUUGGAAGACCGCCACUACCUUCGCCGCACUAUAGCAAAGACCCUUGCUUCACAAUGUGCGGCCGUUGUUCAGGCCAGAAAUCAGCUUCUGUGGGCAAAUAAGGUGAUCGCAAGCUGGUGGAGACAGAUCAAAGCACGAAAACAGGCAAGUGCCGCGCGGUCUCAGUCUUUGCCCAAGCCUGUUGGCAGACCCCUUGGCCGCUCGUGA